CAAACCUACUUUGAUCCCAAACUGCCUUUUGAGAGCCGAUGGACCACAGACUGUCAGAAAGCUUUUGAUUCCAUCAUAGAAAAGCUAACAUCAGCACCUAUCUUAGGUUUUGCAGACCCAAAGCUGCCUUACAUACUCCAUACCGAUGCCAGUACCACCGGCUUAGGUGCAGCACUCUAUCAAGAGCAGGAGGGUCAGCUUAGGGCCAUAGCUUUUGCCAGUCGUGGGUUAUCGAGAAGUGAAGCACGUUACCCAGCUCACAAGCUGGAGUUCCUAGCACUCAAAUGGUCAGUAACUGAAAAGUUCCACGAUUAUUUGUAUGGUGGUCAGUUCACGGUAGUUACAGAUAGUAACCCCCUCACCUACAUACUGACCUCUGCUAAAUUAGACGCCACAAGCUACAGGUGGCUUGCAGCUUUGUCCAACUACAACUUUAAGUUGCAGUAUAGAGCUGGCAAGCAAAACCUAGAUGCAGAUGGGUUAUCUAGACGUCCUCAUGGUGAACUUGUUAAUGAUGUUCAGUCCAGGAAAGAGCAGGAACGUGUAAGCCGGUUUGUAGAGCAUCACUUAGCUGACACUGACACUACAGAGCUUGUAACGAGCGACGUGGUCCAAGCGAUCUGUCAAAACCACUUUGUUAGGAUCACAGACGACAGUCAGGACAGUAGUGUUACACUUGUAGAGUCACUUACCGUCUCAGCUGAUGCGAUUCCAGAACUAUAUCUCUCAGGAGAUCAUGGUUUACCCACCAUCCCUGCUAUGUCCCAUUCUGAACUGAGAGUCAAACAAAGAGCGGACUCGACAAUCAGACAAGUCAUUGAGCAGAUUGAACAUGGUCAAACACCUCCACCAUCUGUUCGAAAGGAACUCCCAGAUCUCCCUCUUCUACUCCGGGAACUAAAACGUUUGGAGAUGAAAAAUGAGGUGUUGUACAGAAAAAGACAAGACGGAGACCAAGUGACCCACCAGCUCGUUCUUCCUGAGGAGCUCAGAGCUCCUGUGCUUCAAAGUUUGCACAAUGAUAUGGGCCACUUAGGUAUAGACAGAACCCUCGAUCUGGUCAGAACACGAUUUUAUUGGCCGCGAAUGGCAACAGAUGUCGAGCAAAAAGUAAAAACUUGUGAUCGGUGUAUACGCAGAAAAUGUCCUCCAGAGAAAGCAGCUAGUCUGGUCAAUAUAACAACCACCCGACCAUUAGAGCUAGUUUGUAUGGACUUUCUCUGUCUGGAACCCGACAGCAGUAAUACAAGUAACAUCCUUGUAAUGACUGAUCAUUACACUAAAUUUGCCCUUGCAUUGCCCACUGCCAAUCAGAAGUCAAAGACAGUCGCCAGGUGCCUGUGGGACCAGUUCAUCGUCCACUAUGGCAUACCUGAGCGUCUGCAUAGUGAUCAGGGUCCUGAUUUCGAGGCAAAACUAAUCAAAGACCUCUGUGAAAUUUCAGGCAUAAAGAAAAUAAGAACUACCCCGUACCACCCACGUGGUAAUCCCACUGAAAGAUUCAACAGAACGUUACUGAGCAUGUUGGGAACACUUGAGUCCAAACAAAAGUCCCACUGGAAAGAAUACGUGAUGCCGUUGGUACAUGCAUACAACUGCACUCGUAGUGAUGUGACAGGGUUCACUCCCUAUGAAUUGAUGUUUGGAAGAAAACCCAGAUUAGCAGUUGAUCUUGCAUUCGGACUUCCACUCAACAAAGACCGAAAAGUUACUCACAUGCAGUACGUUGAAAGUCUCAAGAAACGGCUCGAAGAAAGCUACAAGUUAGCUUCACAGAAUGCACAGAAAGUGGCAGACAAAAACAAGGCCAGGUUUGACAGCAAAAUCACAGUUUCUGAACUAGAACCAGGAGACAGGGUUUUAGUAAGAAAUGUGAGGCUGCGUGGUAAAAAUAAACUUGCUGAUAAGUGGGAGGCAGAUAUCCACGUCGUAGUCAAACGUGCAGGAAGCUUACCUGUUUACACGGUGAAACCAGAAUCAAAGCAAGGUCCCUCACGAACGCUACACAGAGACCUUUUGCUUCCCUGCAGUUUUCUACCUGUUGCCACAGCAGACAUACCUGACCCAGAGCCAAUUCGCCGUCCUAAGACACGUCAAACGGCUGCCACAGAAAGCAAUGAUGAAGAAGAGCUGAUGGAACUUGACAAUGAACUGUUGAUUCCAUGGGUUGAGGAUUCCCCAUGUGAAGAAAUGAGAUUCACUACCGUGCAUGAGUAUCCAAAACCUUCUCGAAAACCAGACAUGACAAACUUACCUGAUUGUGACUUACCUGAAAUCCCUGCUAAUGUGGAAAACAAUACACAUGUGGAUGAACUUACCGAUGAAACACCUGUUGAAAACAUCCCGGAUGGAGACAAUACAGGAAACGACAAACCUAUGGAAAUUGAAACAGAACUGACAACAGAGGAAACUACUGAGGAUUCAGUCAAGGAACCAGAGAACCACUCAAGUGACUCACUUGAUGAAAUGGACAAUGAUGAUCCCAUUGUAACUCAACCAGUAAGGCGAUCAGAAAGAGUCCGACAUCCUCCAAAAAGACUUGAGUAUCCUAAUUUUGGAAAUCCUUUAGUGACAGUUGUUAAGUCGCUAUUUCAAGGGUUGAGUGCAGCCUUCUCAGAGUCUCUUACUACAACAGACUAUUGGUCUGACAUGCAACGAGACGUGCAUGAUAUUUAGCAGGGGAGGGUGUAACCCAGCACAGAAAAUGACCUAUUUUCUGUUUUUAUUGGUUUAAAUGUAUUUGUCAUUUUAUUUUGAAAAACAUUAUUUUGGAAAGAGGAAGUGUUGUUUGCUUUCCAUAGCUUCACUCUUCCUGUGUUUUGGUCACAUUGGAUGAUCUUGACCUUCUCAUUCGUCAAGAAUGACGUUAGUCCCGCCCUCCAUGCUGUGGACCUCUGCGCAUUAGUUUAGCGGAUAUUUUCCACUCAGACAAUGAGAGAGAGGAGUUUUCAGAGGGUCCGAGCACAAAUCACGGGUCAUUCUGUGGAUGGGAGCACAAACUGUGAAGUCACAAGGCUGCUUCCCUGAUCGUGUGGUUGCAGUAAAACUUCAUCUUGUGGAUGGGAGCACAAACUCUGAGGCCACGAGGCUGUUUCCCCGACCGUGUGUUUGCAGUAAAACUUCAUCUUGGUGAGUUCUGAACCAUGUUGCUGCAGACGCCAUGUUAGCUUCAUUAGCAAUACACUAAAGCUGAUCGCGGGUGGGUUUUUAUGUUUUAAGGCAACAGAAAUGCAACUUUUGUUUAACUUUUGGUUCUGCCAUUGGAGAUUUAAGUUUAUAAUAGUACCACAGUGUAUUUUAUUUUCAUUUUGCACUGUUUUCUGGUAAAUGUGUUGGUAAUAUUGAUCUUGAAUGUACUUUUUCUGUUCCAAAUUGUGAAAUGCUGAUUGUGGUGUUGAAGUGGAAGCUCAGAAAGGCUUUUUCUGCCACAAGGGAUAAGUUCCAGUAAUGUAUCCCUAAAGAAAGAUAAAAAAAAAGAAAUACUUGUAUUUCAUUUGUUGAUUUACAAAGAGAUUAAAGAACAGUUUAAAAAUCAAUCAUUUCAUUGGUUAAAAAUAUACACUAGUAAUCAUAAAUUCAUGGUUAAAUCAGUGUCAAUGAGAGGGAUAAAUUCAUUUUUUACAUGAGUUAAAAAGUCAGUUCAUGUACAACAGAUAUUUUGAGUUAAAACAUGCAUGUAUGUUAUAUUGCUGAAUAUUGGUACAUUGGUAAUAUAAUUUGAUUGAAGAUAAACAAAAAGCAUAGCUAUGUAAAGAGAAAGGAUAAUGAACACUGUUAGGUUGUAUACAAUAAUACUAUAAUUAUUGUGUGCAGGCUAGGUAUUAUAGCUUGAUUAAGAAACCUCCGGAUUGGACGUUGGAACGCUGGAUACCUGGAUUCUUCUCUGGACAGAGAUGGCGAGUCAAGCCCAAACUGAACCAACCUUUGGACCGAGGAGCAUCAGUCUUCUCUCACAACCAACCAAGUGGUAACAACACAAACUACCACAACACCGGAAAAGGAACUGAACUGAGAUAAAUCACGACUAUACGACUACACGACUAAAAAGGACGAAACAAAACACUGAGCUCAGUAAAGACUUGUGGGGUUUUAUUUUAUUUUAUUUUAUUUUCGAGAUGCCGGCUUAUUGUGAAUUUUGUUAAUUGUAUAUAGUUUUGUUUGCUUAUUUUUCCUGAAAUAUUAUACUCGUUCUUGCUCAUUUCUUGCCUCCAGCCAUUUCAUUUCACUCAAAUCUCAGUUGUUCCUGUACUCCUGCCGAACCUAGCAACUGGUCUAUAUACUUUCACCUUAUUAACAUCAGUCAGGGGUUACAUAUGUGUUGGUUUGUAUUUAUCGGUGUGCUGCUGAGGAAAGCCCUGGACUCAGUGUGUU